CAAAUGCAAGUUGAAGUUGGAGUUUUUUCUCGUCACGCUACCAGUUUUACCGAGGAAUCGUAUUGCCAACCCUUUCAGGUAGCCGUUUGUCAUGGGGCUGGAAAAGGACGCGAAUGAGAAUGAGCCCACUAGACCAUUGCUUCUGCUCCUAAAUGGGCACGUUUAUGAUGUCGCACUGUUUGUAGCGAAACACCCCGGUGGAGAGAAAGUUCUGAGGAAGUUAGCUGGUGAAGAUGUAGGUCCAUGGAUGCGUGGGGAACGGCGUAUUCUUGGAGUGAAGCACGAACAUUCGCAGGCGGCUUACCAGAUGAUGGAAAAGUACGAUGUGGAGAAUUUUCAAAAGAAUGACCCUACAUUGGAUUCCAAAAAAGGUGUGCUAGGAAGAGUAGGACAUCUUGGCCAUGACUAUUGGAUGUGGAUACACCAACCGUACGAAGGGACUUUGAGGCUCUUUGAUUCUAACCUUCUCGAAUCUCUUACUCGCACAUCUUGGUGGGUCGUACCAUCCGUGUGGCUUCCUAUUGUGGCGCUAUUCAGUUUAUUCGCCUUGUCGGACAUGUACAGCCGCUGGGGUCUAGUGAGCGGCGCGCUCGUCUGGGGAAUAUGCUUUGUUGUGGGUGUGGUAGUCUGGACGCUCGUAGAAUACUGUCUUCAUCGAUGGGUGUUCCACUGGCAACCCAACCCAGAAUCACCAUCUCAGAUCGUUCUCCACUUUCUUCUGCAUGGUUUACAUCACAAAACACCGAUGGACGGUGACCGACUUGUUUUUCCUCCAGUGCCUGCAUUGAUAAUUGUGCUGUUCUUCUAUGCGAUCUAUUCGAACAUGUUACCCUGGCAUAUAUUCUGCGCUUUCGGCAGUGGAAAGUUGUUUGGUUACGUUGGCUACGAUAUGAUCCACUACUACCUGCACCACGGGUCUCCACGCCCUAUGACUAAUCUGCACUUCAGGAAGGUAUACCACCAUAAUCACCAUUUCAAGGACUUCGACGUCGGAUUUGGAAUCUCUACAUCGCUGUGGGAUUACGUUUUCCACACUGUUGGCAUGGGUCCACUUUAAAGAAAGCUGUUAUUUUGUUACACUAUGUAGCAUCUCCCAGGAAUCUGAGUAUUUUAUCUGCAGUUUUAGAGAACAUUUUGUUUUGUUUUAUGCAUUGCUAGAUGACAAUUGCUGUACAUUUUGUAUCCUUCUUACUGUUAGCGAAAGCCUCUGCAUACGGAAUACCCCAUCAUUGUGAUAUUUUGUUCGAGGUUCAACCUACAUCCAUAUCAUAUCUAGGAUGGUUGUGAGGUCUGGCUUUGUCCGCUUCAUCUUUUAUACUAAUGAUCAUUGCACCCAGAAUUCACCCUUUCCUAACAUCUCUUCAUUCGAUCCUAGGAAAUAUAGUGUGUACAUUAGGUUACAGUGAAUCCAGAUAGAUUGAGAAAUGCUUUGUUUUAUAUCUCAGAAUCGCUUUGUUAUGUUGAAACAUGUUGUUUAACACAACAAUGAAACACUUGAAGCUUC